AUGAACUCGUAUUUUGAGCAGACUGCGGGUGGCUUCUACGGAAGCCACCACCAUCAGGCAGGGGCUGCCAGUCAGCAUCACGAUCCAGCUACAGCAGCUGCCUAUCGAAGUUUCCCUCUUGGCCUGGGAAUGUCACCUUACGCAUCCACGCAACAUCAUCAUCACACCUCGUCUUCGUUGGGAAUACAUCCUGGCGGUGGUACCAACACGAGGCCACCCCAGGACUCGCCGUACGACGCGAGCGUCGCUACGGCUUGCAAGCUCUAUUCAACGACACCCGAGGCGACUGGUCACACCACGUCCUCGUACUCGACCACAGCAACGAAAGAUUGCAAGCAACAGGAUCAAGCAGCGGCUCAUCAGAAUGGCUACGCCGCCGUGAUGGCAGCCGCGGCUGUCAAGGACGUUUGGCAGUCAGCGACCUCGGGAGCUAACAGCCAGAGCAAUUCGGUCGUACGUCCUUCCGCGUGUACCCCAGAAGGCACGAGGGUUGGUAGCUACGGUGGUCUCGUAGGCGGUGAUCCAGCAUCGAGUCCUGGUAACAACAGUUCCUCGAGGUCCCUCACGUCGUCCUGGAACACCUGCAGUCUGAACUCGUCCGCGAGCCAACCGGUUGCCACGCAACUACAUCAGCAAGCCACCGCGAACCAUACCUUCUACCCCUGGAUGGCUAUAGCAGGUAAGGAAGAUAUUGCUAAGCCGCAUUGGACAUGGUUGCAAGGAGCGAACGGAAUGCGCAGGCGCGGCCGACAGACCUACACGCGCUACCAGACGCUGGAGCUGGAGAAGGAAUUCCACACGAACCACUACCUCACCAGGCGGAGGCGGAUCGAGAUGGCACACUCGCUCUGCCUGACGGAACGGCAGAUCAAGAUCUGGUUCCAGAAUCGGCGGAUGAAGCUGAAGAAGGAGAUACAGGCGAUCAAGGAGCUGAACGAGCAAGAGAAGCAGGCGCAGGCGCAGAAGGCAGCGGCAGCAGCGGCCGCGGCUGCGCAUCAGCAGCAAGCGGCCGGUGGGGGACCAGAGGGGGCCAACUAGGGGUACGCCCUGCACCGGA